AGCAGAGAAACUCCACCAGAUUUACGGGCUCCCGACAUCUGGGCGAGACACGGCUCCAACAACAGCCGACUGACUGACGCUCCGAGCCGGAGGAGAAAGCCACCGAGCCUCCGGUCCGUACCGAGCCAGGCGCUGUGGCGGAACCGAAGAGGAAAACCCGGCACAGGCAGGAGAAAGGAGCGCAGCCUGACUCUGGCCAUGAGCUGAGAUGACACUCCAGUGAAAACACGCACCGUUACUCUGACCACAUUCAAGAAAAGAGAUCUACGCUUUCCUCGAGCCACGCCGCAGUCAAGACAACUUCACCCGAGUUCCUCCUGCUCGCCUUCCCCUCGACCACCGGCCACAAUGUACCGAUCCACGAAAGGAGCUUCGAAAGCUCGGAGGGACCAAAUAAACGCAGAGAUCAGAAACCUGAGAGACUUGUUGCCCAUCACCGAUGCGGACAAGGCUCGCCUCUCUUAUCUACACAUUAUGUCCCUUGCCUGCAUGUACACGAGAAAAUCUGUCUUCUUCUGUCAAGAUGUAGCUGCUACUAGCGGUGCCGAGGAAAGCGCGAGAUUCUUCUCAUUUCACGAGCUCUCAGAGUUGGUUCAUGCCAUGCCAGGUUUCCUAAUGCUACUGACUGGAGAGGGAAAACUACUUUACCUGUCGGACAGCGUCUCUGAGCACCUCGGACACUCAAUGGUAGAUUUGGUCGCCCAAGGGGACAGUGUGUAUGAUAUAAUAGACCCUACUGACCACUUUAUUAUGAGGAGUAACCUGGUGCCUCCGACUUCACCUGAGACAGACCGACUGUUUCGUUGCCGUUUCAACACCUCAAAGUCAGUGCGCAGGCAGAGUGCUGGUAAUAAGCUUGUCCUGAUUCGGGCUCGCUGUCUGUCACCACCGCCUGGCCCUUCUGCACCAGGAUCCUACUGGACCUCCAACCCUGUAUGGGUGUGCUUCUGUGCACCUCUGGAGCCUCACCCACCCCGACCUGGCACCUCCACUGAACAAGCUUUUGUCCCAUCACUGGAAAGCAGUUUCCUCCUAUCAUGUUUCCGCUCACAGCACAGUCGUGACAUGAGACUACAGGAUGCACAGGACAGUGUGAGUGUUUACCUGGGUACGGAUGUGGAGGCCCUGCGCUCUCGCUCCUGGUACAGCCUUCUGCAUCCACAAGACCUUUCGCAUGCCUCAGCUCAGCACUGCAGUUUAUUGAGAGAAGGAGGUGAAGGCAGGGCUGAGAUGGUGGUACGCGUGGAAGCUGCAGAUCACUCAUGGGUCUGGCUUUACAUGGUCCUGCAGCUAGAGACGGGAGAAAAUCCUAUCAGCAGCAACAAUUACAUCAUCAGUGAGUCAGAGGCUUGGUCAGUGAGGCAACAGCUGAGCUCUGAGGAGACUCAGCUCUCUGUAGUGCUGAGCACCAGCACCAGCACCUCCCAACAAGACCCUGCAAGCUUGCAGAGUCCAGAGACACUGUCCAGUCCUGACCAAGUGUUCACACCCGGGAGCAGCGGUCUCUCGGGUCAGUCGUUUGACUUCAGCACAACAGUGUGCAGCGCUGGCUCUGCAGAAGAGCAAGGUGCCAGCUCCUCAAUGGAAACAAUGCCAUUAGAGAGUGGCCCACGCUCCAGUCUUUCCUCUCUUGAGGAAGAGACAUUCUUCCAGCAGCCACCCAGUGAAUCAGUCGACAGGCCUUCAGCUGCUUCAUCCCCUGUCACAGUUGCCACAGUGUCAGACUUGGACUUCCUCACCCAAAACAUUCUACUUCCCCCAGCUUUCCAGGUAGAUCCCCCACUACCUGCAUUGCCACUUCCUUUACCACCAGUGCCUACAACCCAGGCCCAGCAGACCAAGGAGUUUGUGUGCACACCUCCAUAUACGCCUCAGCUAGGCAGCAGCAGCUUCCCUUUUGGGGAACCCCUCUUCAGCUUUGAUCCCACUGGUGCCACCACACCACCACCACUUCCCCCAACUGCAACAGUUACAACUACAGUAGCUCCCUCUCUUUCUCCAUCUGCCCCAUCAAACCCACAAGGCAGCCCUGCACCUCCAACCACCACACUCUCCACCCUACUGCCACUCACUCUGCCAGCUCCAGCAACAGACAUUCUUUUCCCCUCUGAGCCCUGCAGCAGCUCACUCUAUGAGAAGCUUCCUCCAACCCCAGACAGUCCAGGAGAUGGGGAUUGCACUAUUAUGACUCUACCUGAGGUUCGUGGUCCACUGUAUGUCGAUGUCCCUCACGGGCCACUCCCAUACCCACCUGAAGGCCUGCUCACACCUGAAGCCUCACCUGGAAAACAGCCCAGCCUGUCCUUCUUCUCCCUAGAGCGGGAGAGAGAAAAAGAAAGAACAGAAAUUUCCCUUUUAGCCCAGCACAUAAGCACACUAGCUGAGGGGUUCUACCUGGACCCUUUUCUUUCCAAGCUGCUGCCCUCUUCAGUCUCUCCACAACCUCCCUCUCCCUCUCUGGACUCAGUGGGACUCGAGACGGUCUCGCUUCUGGGUGAAUUCUACCCAGUCAAAACCUGGAGAGGCCUGGACCUGCCCAUCUUCCCAGAUGACGACUCUCUGUUUGAAGAGAGUGUCUUAGAGACCCUCCUUAAAGACCUCUCCUCACCAUCACUGUCUCCUACCCCUUCUUCUCCCUCCAGUUCUCCUUCUUCCCCUCCGACUCCUGAGUGCUGGCGUCCACCCCUGCACUUUGAUGGGGUCUCUGCCGUGAGUGCUGGCCACUUCUGUAGCGUCCAAUCGGCGCACUGUAACCAUGCGGCCGGGUGCGGGGCUAUGAUGUCGCCAAUCAACGCAGGCGACAUGGCGGAUGGGAAGGCGGCAGGCGAAAUUGCCAUGGAGACAGAGGUAGUGUCAUCGCCACUGUCUACCAGUAUCCCAGCGUCUCCACCGCUGCAGCUGACAGCCUCGCCCGUCUCUCCAGUGCCUGCCUCCUCACCCGUCAGCCCCGCAUCGCCUGGCCUGCCCUGCGCCCAGUCCCUCCUCGAGGAGCUGGCCGCCCUGGAACCCACGUUUGGGGCAGGUGCCUCGAUCGCCCCUGGCCUGGGGCAACAACCUGAGUUGUAUCAACUCCAAAGUCACCUGCCGCAACAGUGCUUCCACAAAGAUGGGAGUGGAAGUGAUCCUCCGUUCUAAAAUAAGUCUGUGACUUACUUCAUUAAGUAUGGCAUAUUGUCAUAUUUCAUGGAGCUACUUUUACUGAAAAGUGAAAAUUAUCUAUAUGUAUAAAUAUAUACAUAAUGUAUAUAAGGCCAAAAAGACUUGAACUUCCUCAUAUCCACAUGAGAAAAGAUUCAUUCAUAUUUUGUUCAUGUAUUUAUCCAUGAAUUUCUAUAUCAAUAAUGGUGCAACAUCUCAACAAUGAUGCAAUAUACUAGCGUGUGAACCAAGUUGUGACAAGACUUGGAAGUCAGUUUUCGUCUCUGCUUUACUGUAACGCUGAGCUUUUAUCAGAGGCUAAGAUCUCUGACUUUGUAAGCGCAACUCGACUUACAGACUUGCAUUCGUAUUCACUCGUAGUGAAAAUACUCUGUUGUGAAAACAUGGAAAAAAGAAUCACACUUCAACAAGAUAACAAACCGACAGCAGCUUAUAGCUCAAUGCUUGUAAUGGCAGUAUGACACCCUCAAAGCCCAAUGUGUGGAAAAUGUAUUUUACACUACACUCUACAGUACCAUGACUGGCCGUUCCUAUACAUGGCCAAUCUUCAAAACUCUUGUUAACUUUGAUUUGCAAACAGUGUUAUUAUGUGCAAUAUCCAGAAAACAUUGAGCUUUGGGUUUGCAGCUGCCAUGAGUUCUUUUUUUUUCAAAAUCUGUGUAUCAGUGUGCUGUACAAAUGUUUCUUUAAUCUGUGAACAAAUCCAAGUUUGUGUGCAAGAGAAGUCAAGUUUUCCAAUAUUCUUCAACUGGUCCAGUGGACGCCAUCUGGAGAAGAAGCUACCAGCUGACAGUGAAAAGAACAGAAGACUGUGUGUGACUGCACACACAUUCUGCUGGACUGACACUUUGGCCAGCCAGUGUUAAAUGGCUCUUCGGUCAGUCAUUUUCAUGGGCAAGGCCCAACGCAGAUGCACUGGACUUUUGCAGCAUCAAUAUUUGUAAUGCUUGCAAUCUGUUGUUGCUCUCGUGUGCUUGGCACAAGCAAAGGCUUGCUGAACUCAGCCAGGCAGCAUCUUUAUACAGUGAAUACCACGGUGACAUCGUAACUUUACUGUGUGCGGUGUAGAGUGGUGAACAUGACUGUGUGAAUGGCCUAUUCUUCUUUUUUGAGAGGGGUUUUAAAAAAACAACGAAAAAAUCCAAACAAACAACCAACGUCGAAGUUUUGUUUUAAAAAAUGAAGUGGACACUAGGGACAGGGUACUCUUUCUAUUCAGUUACUAGUCGACAUGGGUUGAGAAUGGUUCUAUUCCCACGGUGUCGACAUGCUAACGUAGAGUUGUCUACGGUCAAGUAAAGGAUUGAUUCCUACGUUCUACCUAUUUACAUGCUAAGUUUAAAAAACAAACAAACGAGCAAAGUAUUAUAUCGUAUGUGUGCUGUUAUACAGAAUGGAUGUUUGGUGCACAUGCCUCUAGAUAGGUGUGUGCUGAGGUUUCAGUUUGAAAAUAGGAUGUACACAUUUGUACAUUUGUACAAAACAGAGCUGAUACUGUACAUAUCAGAGACAUUUUUAUUGUAUAUGAUGGAGAAAAAAAACAAAACAUACUUUGACAUAUGCUAUCUAUGAAGAAUGGACAUUGUGGAUCAGUGUUCUUUUGUGUCGCUGAUAAGUGUAUUUGGUUGUCAAAAACAAAUGCAUUUAUAUUAAAGUGCACUUAAAGCUG